UAGUUCUUCCUCGUUGCAAGAGAAGAAGAUGGGCGAGGUAAAGUCUGCAUUUGUGGUUUGUCUGGUGUUGGGGUUGUUUCUUGGGCAGUCCAGAGCCAACUUCGAGGAUUGCUACAAGGGCUGCUUCAUCCUGUGCGCCAUCACGCCCGGUCAAACUCUGUUCUCAUGCUCUUUCAAGUGCCUGAAGGACUGCAUAAGCCCUCCUUCAAACAACCUCAGAGUUACACACUACUUCUGCAAGCUUGGGUGCGCCUCCUCCUUGUGUACCAACCUCAGUUCAAAGGAUAACCCUGGUGAGAAAAGAGUUGCGGGUUGUGUGGGUUCUUGCUCGGAGACAUGCACCCAUCAUGUGUAACUUGCCUACUGAGAAUUUAUGACAAGUCUUUGGUUUUCUGAAGUGGAGUAGUAUUAUCAGUGAAUUGAAUGAGAUGACAGGAGUCUUUGAGCUAUUUUUAGUUCCAGCAGAUUCGUAUGUUACUUUGUUAUGGUGGAUGUUAGUUUAUUAGGAUUUUAGAUUUUAUCUCAACAUGCCUAUGGUGGAGUGCACACUAGGAAGUGUUAUAUUAUUGACAAAAGGUUCACGGGUUCACAGAAGCACUGGAAGUUAGUGCUCAAGUGGGUGAACCAUAUACAUAUCAGAAUGUUCAGUUUCCUAAUCAGCCAACUUGUCUUUUUUUUUU